CAAAGCUUUGCUUUCCGUAGGGGGUGAGGGAGGGAGGCUCAUUUGCAACGGAGCAUCAAGCAGCGAAGAGGUUCGGGGGAGGGGAAGAGGGAAGGGGGGAUUCUCUCACAACGCUUGCACGUAUUGCUGCUUUACCACACCCCAACUACCUCGCUAUUGACACUCAACAACAAGCGCAUAGAAUUCUCGGUUUGGAGACGAGAGAGUGAGAGAGGAUUCUGCAUACACAGAGAACGAUGAAUUUAGAGGAAGCAGGGAUUGGUGAGCCGAAGAAGACGAAGAAAAGCAAGAAGGCCAGGAUGAAACUGAAAGCAGCUGCUGCUGCAGCUGGAGGAGGAGGAGCAGGAGCAGGACCAGGAGUAGCGAUCGGCGGAGUUGUACCCGUUGUGAUGAAGAGAAAGGGCGGCGGUGCCGUAGAGUCGAAGAAAAUGAGUGUGAUGAGUGGUGCAAAGGGCAAUGAUGAUGGUGACUUGGGAGCGAAGAAGAAGCGGAACCGAAAGAAGCGAAAGAAAGGAGUUCGUGAUGCUGGGGUUGAGGAAGUCGCUGAGGAAGGGAAUAACUCGCAUGAAUCUGAUGUCGUCGCUGCCACUCCUCCCAAGCGAGAGAUCGCGAAGCCUUUGAGCUUUCUUGACAAGAUGCGGGCGCGACUCAGCGGAGGCCAAUUUCGGAUGCUCAAUGAACAAUUGUACACUUGCAAAGGAGAGGAUGCAUUUGAGCUGUUCCAGAAAGAUGAAGGGGCUUUUAAGUUGUACCAUGCAGGAUAUCAAGAGCAGAUGACUCAUUGGCCAAGGUUGCCAGUUGACGUAGUUAUAGAUUGGCUCAAAGCCCGUGGUCCAAAUAUGGUCGUUGCAGACUUUGGUUGUGGGGAUGCAAGACUUUCGAAAUCUGUCAAGAACAAAGUUUACUCGCUGGACCUUGUAGCUUGUGACGAUACUGUUAUUGCUUGCAACAUGGCCAACACACCUUUGGAGAAAGGCUCCAUCGAUGUUGCUGUUUUCUGCUUGUCGCUGAUGGGAGUUGACUACCCACGUUUUCUCAAAGAAGCACAUCGUGUACUAAAAUUAGGAGGAUUCUUGCUGAUAGCAGAAGUCAAAAGCCGCUUCGAUCCAGCUAAUGAUGGUGCUUCUCCAACUCAGUUCGUAGAUGCGCUCAAACGCCUAGGUUUUGCACUGGUUUCCCAGGAUGAGAAGAACAAAAUGUUCUGUAUGUUUACAUUUAAGAAACAGGGAGAGAAGACGGGAAAGAAGCCAAUUCAAUGGCCCGAUCUGAAACCUUGCAUCUAUAAGAAGCGGUGAUCCUAUGUAUUGUCACCAUUCAAAAUAGCACGAACAGCAAUUUAUGGGCAAGGAGUUGUGGUUCGUUCAGCCAAACUAUUUAAGUCGACACGAGGCUGAAGGUACAUUCCACAUGGGUUUUUCUUAUUGUCAUAAGAAUUGCUUCUUCUCAAACAUAUCUGAAUAGUCUACUGGCACGUUGAUGCUUACAAAUAGUAACUAGUGUUCCUGUAUGUCUUAUGAGAUUAUCAGGCUGCUGUGUCCUUACUUCCACUCUGGCACUCGCCCACGCAAUCUUACAAUUUUGUAGCAAGUUUUGAUUACGAUGAAAUUCUGGAGUGAAUCUCUUAUUCAAUUUACCACUUACUGAGGCAUCAGUCAAUACAUCAGACUGUUGCAUCUCAAUGGUAUUUUUUACCCUA